UCUACGCCCGCGGUCCCCGGGAGAUAUUGUCAUGCAAAAGCCCCCUCCGCCGUGAGCCAUUGUCCGCCCGCUAUAUACGGGGCGCGGCCGUGCAUGGAGCGCCGGAGGUAGCGCGGGGGGGGCCCGGGCCGGGGCCUCGAGGUCGCUCCAUGUUCGCCAUGGAUUACUCCUACCUCAACUCGUACGAUUCCUGCGUCGCAGCCAUGGAAGCUUCAGCCUACGAAUUCAGUCCCUGCAGUCAACCCGGAGGUUUCCAAUACAGCCCCAUGCGGGGAGGUUUCGGGGCCGCCCCCCCCUGCCCUCCUCUCUCCACCGCCAACUGCGCUCUGGGGGCUCUGCGCGACCACCAACCCUCGCCCUAUUCCGCAGUUCCCUACAAAUUCUUUUCGGACCCUUCGGGCAUCAACGAGAAACGAAAGCAGCGACGGAUCCGCACCACUUUCACCAGCGCCCAGCUGAAGGAACUGGAGCGCGUCUUCGCCGAGACUCAUUACCCCGACAUCUACACGAGGGAGGAGCUGGCCCUAAAAAUCGACCUGACAGAGGCGAGGGUGCAGAUAUUCAGCAGUCCCCCCAUACAGCCCCAGAGGGAUCCCCUUGAUCCUAUGUGA